ACCUUACUGUUGAAAAAAAAAAAUUUUUUUUUUCUUUUCUUUCAAAUAAAUAAAUAGACAAUAUGGGUAACGGAGCCAAGGCACAAAUGAAGCGUGAGCGUAAUGCUAAAUCUGCCAAGAAGGAAAACUCUUCUCAGUUAAAGACAAACCAAGCUGCCAAAAACAUUAUCUGCAAGACUUGUUUCCAAACUUUCCUCUGUACUUCUCGUGAAAAGGCUUUGACUGAACAUGCCGAAAACAAGCAUAGCAAGACAUUGAAGGAAUGCUUCCCUGACUUCCAAGCUACUGCUUAAACAUAAAAGUUUAUUAUUAUGAAUACAUUGUCUUUUAAUUCUUUAAAAAAAAAGAAUGUUUUUUUU